AUGGCCCUCAACACGCCCAAGCAGCUGCAGUACUGGAAGCGCUGCCUCAAGACCUUCCUCCCCCACCACUACACGGGCAAUGACUGCAAUCGCAUGACGUUGGCCUUUUUCAUCCUCUCGGCCCUGGACCUGCUGGGCGAGCUGGACUCCUCCAUGUCACAGGGCGAGCGCGACGACUACAUCGCCUGGAUCUACCGCUGCCAGCACCCUCGUGACGGCGGCUUCCGCGGCGGGCCUGCCACUGACCUCGAUGGCAGUGCAAGCCCCGCCAACGCCCACUGGGAUCCAGCCAACCUGCCCGCCACCUUCUUUGCUCUGGCUUCGCUGCUGUUGCUGCGCGACGACCUGAGCCGCGUGCGUCGCCGUGACUGCCUGGCCUGGCUGCCCAAGCUGCAGCGGCCCGACGGCAGCUUCGGCGAGACGCUGGGCGAGGGCGGGCGCAUAGAGGGCGGCUUGGACACGCGCUUUGGCUACUGUGCGGCCGGCGUGCGCUGGAUUCUGCGCGGCCAUGCUGAGGGCCCCGUCGACGCCGUGGCCGACGUCGACGUGCCCGCCCUGGCCCGCCGCGUCGCUCUGUCACAGACCUAUGAUGGCGGCAUCUCCGAGGCGCCUUUCCACGAGGCCCACGCCGGCUUCACCUACUGCGCCCUGGGUGCCCUGUCCUUUGUCGGCCGCCGCCUCGACGUGGCCGACGCCGACCUGGCUACGCGCUGGCUGAUCGCGCGCCAGACGGCCACGCUCGACGAAGACGACGCCAUUGACUCGACGGCCGCCGACGAGACCGACUCGCCCAGCACCUGCCACGACGCCCACUCGUUUGUCAAGCUGCGCGCCUUUCCCUCGGAAAAGGGCCGCCUGAACUACGAGAACCGGCCCGCUGACCGCUUCGACCUGCGCUGUCUCGGCUUCAACGGCCGCUGCAACAAGAUCGCAGACACCUGCUACGCCUGGUGGGUUGGCGCAUCGCUGUCGAUGCUCGGCCGCCUCGACCUGCCGGCGCACGAUGCCGCCCGUCGCUACCUGCUGGAGAAGACGCAGCAUGCCGUCGGCGGCUUUGGCAAGGUGCCCGGCGACCCGCCAGACAUCUACCACUCGUACCUCGGCCUGGCUUCGCUUUCUCUCCUGGGCGAGCCCGGCCUCAAGCCGAUGCGCCCCGAGGCGUGCAUCAGCGAAGACGCCUGUGGCUUCUUGGAGUCGCUGCCCUGGCGCAGAAAAAUCGUGGGGCUCGCUGCUGCUGAGAAUAGUUACAUUGCUGCGAGCGGCGGCUGA